CUCCUGUGCUUUAGCUGCCAUUUUGGUUUUGUUCCGUCUGCUAUAGCCAGCAAACCCUGAAACGCGAAUUAGACAGGACAUAGGGCUGUUGAUACCGUGACUCAACAGUAUAGCUUCAAGACUUUGGCACAGCAUCGGUCCAUAGGCGGUGGUCUUUGUGGUUUAGAGCUUCAGUUUUCAAAAUCGUUAGAAAAACAGUCCUUGUUGUUAUCGACGAAGUUUGAUACACACGAGGAGCGGUUUGCUGACACUGAGGGUGGACAGAGAAGGAUUAUUGAUGUCCAGCUCGCCGCUGUCCAAGAAGCGUCGCUUGUCAGGAUCAGAGACGAAGACGGGAUCCCAUUGCUCCUCCUCAAACUCUGUCAGAACUGAACUGCCCUACACACCCUCUAACGGCAUGGCUAAGAAUGGCAGUGAUGCUGAGAUUGAUGAAGGCCUGUACUCUCGACAGCUGUAUGUGCUCGGCCAUGAGGCCAUGAAGCGCAUGCAGACCUCCAACGUCCUCAUCUCAGGACUGCGUGGCCUCGGCGUCGAGAUCGCCAAGAAUGUCAUCCUGGCUGGAGUCAAGAGUGUCACCCUGCACGACCAGGGCAUCGCCGAGUGGCGGGACCUUUCCUCACAGUUCUAUCUGCGCGAGGCAGACCUGGGGAAGAACCGCGCUGACGUCAGCCAGACCCGGCUGGCCGAGCUCAACAGCUAUGUGCCUGUGGUCUCUUACACCGGAACACUCACCAACGAUUAUCUCAACCAGUUUCAGGCGGUUGUGCUGACCAACUCCAGUCUGGAGGAGCAGCAGCGUGUUGGGGAGUACUGCCACAGCAAGAACAUCAAGCUGAUAAUCGCAGACACGCGCGGACUGUUUGGGCAGCUGUUCUGUGAUUUUGGGGAGGAUAUGGUGGUGUUUGACCCCAAUGGCGAGGAGCCCCUCAGCGCCAUGAUCUCCAUGAUCACUAAGGACUCAGCUGGCGUGGUGACAUGUCUCGAUGAGGCUCGUCAUGGAUUUGAGAGUGGCGACAGUGUUACCUUCACAGAGGUUCAGGGCAUGACCGAUCUCAACGGUUGCCAGCCAAUAGAAAUCAAAGCCCUUGGUCCCUACACAUUCAGCAUCUGUGACACGACGUCCUUCUCUGACUACGUAAGGGGUGGCAUCGUCACCCAGGUCAAGAUACCCAAGAAGAUUUCCUUUAAAUCGCUGUCGUCCUCCUUGACCGAGCCAGAGUUCAUACUGACCGACUUCGCCAAGUUUGACCGUCCAGGCCAGCUACACGUGGGUUUCCAGGCUCUGCACGCCUUCGAGAAGAAGAACAGCCGGCCGCCCAAGCCCUGGAACAAGGCGGACGCAGAAGAGCUGGUGGCACUGGCCGGAGAGGUGAAUAGCAGCCAGACUGGCUCUGCCAAGCAGGAGCAGCUUGACGAGGCGCUCAUAAAAAAGCUGGCCUCUGUGUCUGCUGGCGACCUGGCCCCCGUCAACGCUUUCAUCGGUGGGCUGGCUGCCCAAGAGGUCAUGAAGGCCUGCACAGGGAAGUUCAUGCCCAUCAUGCAGUGGCUGUAUUUUGAUGCGCUGGAGUGCCUGCCUGAAACUGAAGAACUCAUGCCCACAGAGGAGGAGGCUGCACCUAGGAAUUGUAGGUAUGAUGGACAGUGUGCUGUAUUUGGGACCGCACUUCAGGAGUUGCUCUUCAAGCAACGCUACUUCCUGGUUGGUGCUGGAGCCAUCGGCUGUGAGCUCCUGAAGAACUUUGCCAUGAUGGGCCUGGCUGGCGGUGAGGGAGAGAUCAUUGUCACAGACAUGGACACCAUCGAGAAGUCCAACCUCAACAGGCAGUUCCUCUUCAGACCCUGGGAUGUCACGAAGAUGAAGAGUGAUACCGCCGCAGCCGCCGUCAAGCACAUGAACCCGUCGGUCCGCAUCACUGGCCACCAGAACCGGGUCGGACCUGAAACAGAGAGGGUCUACGACGAUGACUUCUUUGAGAGCCUCAAUGGUGUGGCCAACGCCUUGGACAAUGUUGAUGCCCGUAUGUACAUGGACCGCAGGUGUGUGUACUACCGUAAGCCGCUGCUGGAGUCAGGCACUCUGGGCACCAAAGGGAACGUACAGGUGGUCAUCCCCUUCGUCACAGAGUCCUACAGCUCCAGCCAGGACCCGCCAGAGAAGUCCAUCCCCAUCUGCACACUCAAGAACUUCCCCAACGCCAUCGAACACACGCUGCAGUGGGCCCGUGAUGAGUUUGAGGGACUCUUCAAACAGCCAGCAGAGAACGCCAUGCAGUAUCUGACAGACCCCAAGUUCAUGGAGCGUACUCUGAAGUUGCCUGGCGCCCAGCCCCUGGAGGUCCUGGAGGCCGUCUACAAGAGCCUGGUGACUGACUGUCCUCGCAACUGGGAAGAAUGCGUCACCUGGGCACGCCACCACUGGCAGUGCCAGUACAGUAACAACAUCCGCCAGCUGCUGCACAACUUCCCACCAGACCAGCUCACCAGCUCAGGUGCUCCAUUCUGGUCUGGUCCAAAGAGGUGUCCUCAUCCACUGGAGUUCGACACCAGCAACGAGCUGCACAUGGACUACGUCAUGGCUGGAGCCAACCUGUUAGCUAUGUCCUACGGCAUGCCCGUCUCCAGAGACCGCGCCAACGUGGUCCGGAUACUGCAGGAACUCAAAGUGCCCACAUUCACGCCCAAGUCCGGGGUCAAAAUCCACGUGUCCGACCAGGAGCUCCAGAACUCCAACGCCUCAGUGGGCAACUCAGACGACUGCAGGCUGGAGGAGCUGAAGACACUGCUGCCUGCGGCUGAAUCGGCGUCUAAGUUCAAACUCUGUGCCAUCGAAUUUGAGAAGGAUGAUGACACCAACUUCCACAUGGACUUCAUCGUAGCAGCGUCCAACUCGAGGGCAGAGAACUAUGACAUCGCUCCUGCAGACAGACACAAGAGCAAGCUCAUCGCUGGAAAGAUCAUUCCGGCCAUUGCCACGACGACAGCGGCGGUGGUAGGCCUGGUGUGUCUGGAGCUGCUGAAGGUGGUGCAGAAACACAAGAAGUUGGACUCUUUCAAGAACGGCUUCAUGAACCUCGCCCUGCCCUUCUUCGCCUAUUCCGAGCCCAUCGCCGCACCCAAACACAAGUACUAUGAGAUUGACUGGACGCUGUGGGACCGCUUUGAGGUUAAAGGCAUGCAGCCCAGGGGGGAGGAGAUGACCCUCAGAGAGUUCCUUGACUACUUUAAGAAUGAGCACAAGCUGGAGAUCACCAUGCUGUCCCAGGGCGUCUCCAUGCUCUACUCAUUCUUCAUGCCUGCUGCCAAACUCAAAGAGAGGCUGGACCUUCCGAUGACUGAGAUUGUGACCAAGGUGUCCAAGAAAAAGCUGGGCAAGCACGUCAAGGCGCUGGUGUUCGAGCUCUGCUGCAACGACGAGACAGACGAGGACGUGGAGGUGCCCUACGUCAGAUACACCAUUCGCUGAGAAGCCCUGACGAAGACGGGACGGGGUGGGGGGGUGGGUUUGCGGGGCGGGGGGUGUCAGUGGAGCUCAGGGGGAAUUCACAAUACAAAGAGACUAGCCGAAAGACCAAUCAGAGAGCAUGGAUAUAGCUGGGAGACCCAUCAAAUAUAACAGGGGGGAUGGGAGGGGGUGCCAUCAAAGUUCAAGGGUUAGUCUCCCUUUUUUUCCCAGAGAAAAAAAAUUACGGUUGUUGUUGUAAUGACCGAUAUCCCCUUCCCUUCCCCUCCCCCAAGAGCACCACUCCCCUCCCCCUUCUACCCAUAAAAUGGGGUCGGGGUGGGGGGUGGGGGCGCAGAGGUUGUUUUUCUUACUGUGCAUCAACUGGUUGACUGGUAAGGGAGUGCAGGGUUUGGGGGAUCGGGGAGGGGGAGCAUGUCAUUUUUUUGAAUCCUUGACAGUAGCUGUUGUUUAAACUCUGGUCAUAUUAAUGCAAUGCUUUAUAUGUACGACUCUCCUGGUUGGCUUGUCAGCACUCCUGUUCUGCGAAGUGGCGGUUUCCCUCUGAAAGGCUCCUGUCUUGUUUAAAAAUAAAUAAAUAAAUGUUUAAAUAAUAAAAAAAAAAAACGAAAACAAAAGGUUUCUGUUCUCCCUCACGCCUCUCUCUAAGCGCUCCCCCACCAUCUCAUCUCCUGAUGAAAUUCUUCAGGCACCCUCUUUCCUCACAUUCUAAACUGAGCCCCUCAAGUGCAUAGUAACGUGCAGUUAGCCAUCAACUGAUGCCAAAAAAAAAAAAAAAACCUGAUGCACUGGAAAAGAAAAGAUGCAAAAUUGAAAUGUAAGGAUUUAUUGAUGAAAAAUAAAUAACUUUUUGCCCAUAUCCCUGCCUUGAUUUUGUCUUAUCUGGACCAGAUUGGGAAACUCGAAAGUACCCCCGCCCCCGCCCCAACACACACAGCUCCUCUACCCCUCUGGUCAGGUGUAGCCCCCUGCUGCCCCUCCUGAGGGUAGUUCAGAGGUGCAGCGUCCUGGGGGCGGUGCAGAGCGACUCUGUCUGUUCUAACCUGUUCUUCUGCCCUUGACCCUUGACCCAGUCUGAAUUUCCCUCUGUGCCUCUGGCUUCACUUGGGCUCAACAGAACGGGAACUUGCACAUGACUUGAGUUUUGUGUUUUGUUAGUUUGUUUCUUUCUUCUUUUCUUCCACUUUACGUUCUUCAAUUUUGUUAUUUUAUGUUUGCUUUCUAUUUGAUUUCUUGUUUUUUGGGGUGGGGGAGGGAGGGGAGUGCGGAGUUAUGGCGCACUCACAUACACACACACACCUUGUAGAACAUAAACUCUGUAUUCUUUCUACUUUGUUAAAACUCAAAACAGUACAGUGCAAAAAUGAAGGUGGUGACUUUACUCUGUAAUGGGCGCACUUAGUGUGAUAGUGAAUAAAGUUGUUAAAAGAA